CGGUGGCAACUUUGACAAACACUGUUAAAUGUCUGUCACAUAGCUUAAAUAUUUUAAAGUAUAUGUUGGACGGGAACUCUCCCAAUGUGUGACGAGGGCGAGGAAAGCGACAGCGGCGAGAGGGGGCACCUCUCCGAGUCUCCCUCCUCGCCUCUCUCUCUCAGACUUCCCCGAGGAUCUCCCUCCUCUCCGCGGCCCCUAGACCUGUUCUCCUCCGCCUCUCCGCUGCUUGGGGACACCGACCCACCUUACCUCGCCUCUCCGGAGUGUCUUCACCCAUCUCCAGAGUAUCAGGAAACCGGGGGGUCCACACACUUUACACCGCCAAAGUUCCCCCAGCGCACCGGGGACACCGGCUCGCCGUUUCUCUCGCGACCGGGUAUACACAUAGAUGCGGUCUACGACCAGUACGAUGACCCGUUUCCCAAGUGGAGGGGACGUGGAGCGGCCAACGCUGAGCGCUUUCAGCACCGCGGACAGAGACUGCACCGGGCUCCGGAGCUCUCGGAUUAUGGGAACCACUACACUGUUGAGCACAUAGACACCGAGUUCAACUCCGAAACCCGGCAAACGGUGGAAGCCAUGCAUCGCCGCCACACGACAUUGAGGGAGAAGGGGCGUCGCCAGGCAGUGCGGGGCCCAGCCUAUAUGUUCAAUGAGCGUGGCUCGGCCCUCACUGCAGAGGAGGAGCGUUUUCUGGAUGCUGCUGAAUACGGAAACAUUCCUGUGGUCCGCAAGAUGCUGGAAGAGUCCAAAACCCUUAACUUUAAUUGUGUGGACUACAUGGGCCAGAAUGCUUUGCAGCUCGCAGUGGGUAACGAGCACCUAGAAGUGACUGAGCUGCUGCUAAAGAAAGAUGGUUUGGCUAGGAUUGGUGAUGGCCUCCUUUUGGCCAUCUCAAAAGGUUAUGUUAGAAUCGUUGAAGCCAUUCUUGCCCAUCCUGCUUUUGGUGGAGGUCUGCGGCUGGCUUUGAGCACUUUGGAGCAAGAGAUGCGUGAUGAUGACUUUUACGCCUAUGACGAAGAUGGAACGCGCUUCUCGCAUGACAUCACACCCAUCGUCCUGGCUGCUCACUGCCAGGAAUACGAGAUUGUCCACAUCCUCCUGACGAAGGGGGCUCGCAUUGAAAGGCCCCAUGACUAUUUCUGUAAAUGUUCAGAAUGUGUGGAGAAACAGAAGAAAGACUCCUUCAGCCACUCACGCUCCAGGAUGAAUGCAUAUAAGGCCCUGGCCAGUGCAGCUUACCUGUCGCUCAGCAGUGAAGACCCUGUGCUCACCGCCCUCGAGCUCAGCAAUGAACUGGCAAGACUGGCCAACAUUGAGACAGAAUUUAAGAAUGACUACCGUAAGCUGUCCAUGCAGUGUAAAGACUUUGUGGUGGGUGUGUUGGACCUUUGUCGGGACACAGAGGAAGUUGAGGCGAUUUUGAAUGGCGACGUGGAUCAGUGCCCGCCGAGUCCCUACAACCGCCCCUGCCUCAGCCGUGUCAAACUGGCUAUCAAAUAUGAAGUCAAGAAGUUUGUUGCUCAUCCGAACUGCCAGCAGCAACUGCUGACUAUCUGGUAUGAGAAUCUGCCUGGCCUGAGGCAGCAGUCCAUUGGUGUGAAGUGCUGGACAGUGCUGGGAGUAACUGUAGGCCUCCCAUUCCUGGCUAUUGCCUACUGGAUAAUGCCAUGUAGCAAGCUUGGUCAGAUCCUGCGAAGCCCCUUCAUGAAGUUUGUGGCUCACGCUGUCUCCUUCACCAUCUUCCUGGGUCUCCUGGUCGUCAAUGCUUCCGACCGCUUUGAAGGAGUAAAGAACCUUCCCAACGAGACCAUUACAGACCAUCCUCGACAGGUGUUCAGGGUCAAAACCACCCAGUUUUCCUGGACAGAGAUGUUGAUAAUGAAGUGGGUAUUGGGCAUGAUUUGGUCAGAGUGCAAGGAGAUCUGGAGUGACGGACCCAGGGAGUAUGUCAUGCACCUUUGGAAUGUUCUGGACUUUGGUAUGUUAUCCAUCUUCGUGGCAUCCUUCACGGCACGCUUCAUGGCAUUCCUGAAGGCAUCCAAGGCCCAGCAAUAUGUGGACAUGCAUGUACCAGAUGACGACCUCAGCAACGCCUCACUGCCUGAUGAAGUGGCUUAUUUCACUUACGCCAGAAACAAGUGGCGCCCAUCAGAUCCUCAGAUCAUCUCAGAAGGCCUGUACGCCAUCGCGGUCGUUCUGAGCUUCUCUCGCAUCGCCUACAUACUGCCAGCCAAUGAGAGCUUCGGACCCCUGCAGAUUUCACUGGGGCGCACAGUCAAGGACAUCUUCAAGUUUAUGGUCAUUUUCAUCAUGGUGUUUGUGGCCUUCAUGAUCGGCAUGUUCAACCUGUACUCAUAUUACCUCGGAGCAAAGUACAACCCUGCCUUCACCACGGUAGAGGAGAGUUUCAAGACUCUUUUCUGGUCAAUCUUCGGGCUGUCUGAAGUGAUUUCGGUGGUGCUGAAGUAUGACCAUAAGUUCAUAGAGAACAUCGGCUACGUGCUGUACGGAGUCUAUAAUGUCACUAUGGUGGUAGUUCUUCUCAACAUGCUCAUUGCCAUGAUCAACAGCUCUUACCAGGAGAUAGAGGAGGAUGCCGAUGUGGAGUGGAAGUUUGCUCGAGCUAAGCUUUGGCUCUCCUACUUUGAUGAGGGCCGCACCUUACCCGCCCCCUUUAACCUCGUUCCCAGCCCUAAGUCCUUCUACUACUUGGUCCUAAGGAUCAAGUCCUGUCUGAUUCGCCUCUGCAAGGCCAACGGCCAUCACCAUAAUGAGGUGGAGAUGGGCAUGCUCAACUCCCAGGCCAAGGAUGAACGCUUCAAGUCUUAUCCACGGCCUGGAGAAGAGUUCACCCAGAGAAAAGCUAGAAAACACCCCACCAGAUACCAGAAGAUCAUGAAGCGCCUGAUUAAGCGUUAUGUGCUUAAGGCUCAAGUGGACAGAGAGAGUGAUGAAGUUAAUGAAGGUGAGCUGAAGGAGAUCAAACAAGACAUUUCCAGCCUCCGAUAUGAACUGCUGGAGGAGAAGUCCCAGGCCGCAGGCGAGCUGGCUCUGCUCAUCCAGCAACUUGGCGACAAGUUUGGCAAGAACACCAUGAGACACUGACAGGACUUGCAAGAAGGGAUGGGGAGAAUGUGA